AUGUCGUUCACUAGGCUCAUCCGCUUCCUAGAUAAGAACGGUGACGAGAGGUUUGGCAAUGUUCAAAGCGACAUUUCCCCGUCAGAGUUAGUUGGUCAAACGGUACAGCUCGUGUCAGGCAGUAUCGAAAAAGGCUUCAAGCUCAACGACAUUGAGAUACAGGUUUCCAAGUUGUUAUGCCCACUAGCCAACACCCCAAUCAUUCUCUGCGCGGGUGUUAAUUACAAGUCUCAUGCUAAAGAGACAAAGUUCCCACCGCCCGAGAAACCAGUCAUCUUCGCCACCCCCCCUGAUCGUCUCACGGGGCCAUUGGAUGAUAUCAAGAUCCAUCCUGAUGCACAGGAGCUGUUGGAUUAUGAGGGCGAACUAAGCAUUGUCAUUGGAAAGGAUGGUUAUGAUAUCAGUGAAGAAGAUGCACUGGACUACGUUCUUGGUUAUACCAUCAGUAACGAUGUCUCAGCCCGUCAUCUUCAUGCCGUCAACAUGUCUGGGUAUCAAAUGGGCUAUGCCAAGUCCUUUGAUAAUUUUGGGCCAACCGGUCCUUAUUUGGUCUCACCAAAGCUAGUUCUAGACCCGCAAGCUCUGGAGUUGAAAACGACUGUGAACGGCGAGGUGCGACAAUCGACGAACACGGGACAGAUGAUUUGGUCGUGUCGUCAACUCAUUGCUUUCGCCUCUAGGGGCCGAACCUUGCGCCGCGGCACUGUUAUUAUGACAGGGACACCAGAAGGUGUUGGAUGGCAUACUAACGGCUGUUUGAAAGAUGGCGAUGUCGUGGAGAUUUCGUCAACAGACACCUCCAACAACAUGGCAGCAUCAGCACCAGCAUCAGCACCAGCACCAGCACCAGCACCAGCACCAGCACCAGUAAUUUUGCUCCAAGGCGGCACACUUCUUUUUCAUGACGAUAAGGAUCAUGUGAGCGCCUUGAAAGAAACCGAUAUCCUGAUCCAAGGCAAUCGUAUUUCCAAGAUUGGCAGGGGAAUUAGAGCUCCUGCCGGCGCUGAGCUAUUCAAUUGUAGUGGCAAAAUCGUGAGCCCUGGCUUUGUCGAUACACACCAUCAUCUGUGGCAGACUCAGCUCAAAGGAUGUCAUGCUGAGCAAUCAAUCUUUGACUAUCUGGUGACAGGUUUCUGGCAGAGUCAUGUUUACAAGCCUCAGGAUAUGUACUGGGGACAGCUCGGAGGAGCUUUGGAGGCAAUCAACUCUGGAACAACAUUCGUCUUGGAUCAUGCUCAUGGGAACCAGACCAAUCAACAUGCAACUCAGGCUCUAUCAGCGACUAUUGCAUCGGGCAUUCGCUCUAUCUUUGCCUAUUCGCAUGCUCCCUACUUCACCAAAUGGGACUCAAAUACCUGUGAAUUGUCGCGCGACAUCAUGCCCAAGUCUAGUAUGGCACAUGUAUUUGAGCUUGCUAGAUCACAGCCAUAUGGAAAUGGGAGGGUUCAUAUUGGUUUCGGAUUCGACUACUGGUUUUUGCCACAGGAGGUUGUCACAGGCCUCUUUUCCGGGUUGAGAAACGCUGGAAUCACGCUUUUUACAUCCCAUUACGCCAAGAAUCCAGCUCUGGGUGCCACGCCACUCAUCGAUACGCUCCAGUCAUAUGGCCUCAUCAAGUCACCUAGUGAUAUUCUUCUCUCCCACGCAACUGGCCUCGGUAAAGAAGAGGUAGCCAAGCUAGCCGAGACUCAAGUACCAGUUUCGAGUACCCCGGACACAGAAGCCCAGAUGGGAUUCGGCUGGCCAAUUGCUUUUACUCCAGGUAUCAAAACCACCUUGGGAGUUGAUUGUCACACCAGCAGUACAUCCUCUAUUCUUUCACUCGCGAGAUCUGCAUCGAACAUGGCUCGCCAGCGGGAUGCCGUCGCUGAAACUCAGGGUGGAGAGGGUGCUCCCCGCCGACUCUAUCUCCAGCCAAGUGGCAGUACCACAGAGGCCUUCAAUGCAGCUACCAUCAAUGGCGCACGUGCAGUCCUGCUGGGUGACAAAAUAGGAUCCAUCAAGGAGGGGAAAAUGGCCGACCUAGUCAUAUUUGACGCAGUGGGUAGUCUGACGAUGAGUUGCGUCUCCGAAUCGGACCCCUUGACGGCGGUCGUGCGCCACAGUGAUGUGCGAGACAUUGAAGGUGUAAUUAUUGACGGUGUUUGGAGGAAGAAAAACGGCAAAAUCUCUCCAGUGACUGUAAAAGAAACAGGAGAAAUGCUAGAGUGGCCAGAAAUCAGGCAGAGGCUUUUGGGAAGCCAGCGCGACAUUCAAGAAAGGCAAAGAAAUCUGAACAUGGAUAAAGCUAGGGAGGCUCUCACUGCUAUGUUCCACAUCGAUACCAGAAAUCUGGUUCGGGGGCCGAGGAAAUAG